AUGGGUAUUGGUAUGGCUCAUGCUUGUGUUGUUGAAACCUCAGCUAUUUUUCAUGCAAUGACAUUGGCACUGCAAGAAGGAUUUCCAUCUGUUCUAAUCGAGGGUGACAAUCUCACCAUCAUUAAUAUUCUUAAACGACAAUGCCACUCCAUUCCUUGGCAUAUAAAGAAUAUUAUUGAAGACUACUGGAUCCUUGCUCGUCGAUUCCAUCACAUUUCAUACAACCAUACCCUUCGUGAAGGGAAUUCAGUUGCUGAUAAACUUGCCACUCGUGGUGCCUCCUCUCAUUGCCAAUCUUACUGGCAGUCUGCUCCUAUUCUUUCCUCAGUUGAGGGAACCUCAACUGGGAAUCAAAACUUGGUGAACCUAUUGUCCAUGUGA